GGUAAUAUAUGGAAGUAUAAAAUGUAAACGUAGGAUAUAUAUGACUUGGUAACGUCAGACAAUUUAGGAAUUUUAUGUCAUAUAAAAUUAUUAUAAUUUGUAAAGUUGCAAAAAAUGUCAAGUAAAUAUUUGUAUUUAGCACUGAUGUGCUUUAUUUGCGUGUGUUGUUGUUAUUCAUUGAAACCCGGUGAAUGUGACGUGUGCAUUAAAACGAUAGAAAAAUUUUCUAAAGCACUGCCAGAAUCAUCCAAAAAAGACACAAAGCUUAUUGAAGAAGAGUUUAAACAAUUUUGCAAAGGAACUAAAAAUAAAGAAAAUCGAUUUUGUUACUAUUUAGGAGGUCUACCUGAGUCGGCAACUGGAAUUUUGACAGAAUUAUCUAGGCCCUUGUCUUAUAAUUUACCGGCAACUAAAAUUUGUGAAAGACUAAAGACAAAAGAUCAACAAAUUUGCGAAUUAAGAUUUGAUGUACAAAUUGAUCUAGCUACAGUGGAUCUGAAGAAGAUUAAAGUACGAGAACUUAAGAAAAUACUUAUGGAUUGGGAUGAAUCAUGUGAAGGAUGUAUUGAAAAAUCAGAUUAUAUUAAACGUAUAGAAGAAUUAAAACCAAAAUAUAUGCGUGAAGAACUAUAA